AACGUUUCUAAUGUUAUAUCUGUUUAAGGUCGAGGGGUUUUGUUUAAUGUUAAAAAUAUCUAAAGUAUUAUGAUACCAAAAAAUAUUACGUGCAUGACAUCAUUCUUGAUAUAUCUCUCUAUGAAACAGUGUUACUACUUUACGCCUAAAAUGCUGGAUGUUUGAGCUAUGUCAUUUUGCAUGACAGUUACUAAUGCCUGCAGGUGAAGAUAGCCACCGACAUAAUAAAGCUAAUAUUAAAUCGAAGGCCAAUGCAGAUGGUGAUAAAAAAUCAUCGGGGUUCACAAAAGGUGAUAAUGUAGACGCAUUAAAGAGAAAUACCCCGAAAAAUGUGAAGCCUGCGCAAGUGAAAACUAUGGGAGCUUCGAAAAUAAGAUUUCCAGGAACUGUCGAUAAGAAACGUCGACAGCAGAGCGAAGUGAGUUCCAAGGAGGAUGAUGAUGAUGAUGAUGAUGAUGACGGUGACGUCGAUGAUGAUGAUGACGAUGACGACGACGAUGAUGAUGAUGAUGACGAUGAUGAUGACGACGAUGAUGAUGACGACGACGACGACGAUGAUGAUGAUGACGACGACGACGAUGAAGAUGAUGAUGACGAAGCGGACAACGCAAAAUUAGCGGCAAUCAAAAGUAUACUAAAAUUUAAAAACCCGAGUGAAGAUGCUACUUGGAAGAAAGUUGGUAAACUAAAAAUUCGUUACCCUGGUAAAAAUCCUAGCAAACGUUCGGUUGAGGUUGACGACGAUGACGAUGACAAUGACGAUGACAAUGACGAUGAUGAUGACGAUGAUGACGACGAUGACGACGACGAUGAUGAUGAUGACGACGACGAUGAUGAUGAUGAUGACGACGACGACGAUGAUGAUGACGAUGAUGACGACGAUGACGACGACGAUGAUGAUGAUGAUGAUGAUGAUGACGAUGAUGAUGAUGAUGAUGAUGAUGACGAUGAUGAUGACGACGAUGAUGAUGAUGAUGAAGAAGAAAUCAAAUCUCGGGCUCGCUCUAAAAUAGGUAAAGUCAGUCGUCUCAAGCAAGUUGAUGACGACGACGACGAUGAUGAUGAUGAUGAUGAUGAUGAUGAUGAUGAUGAUGAUGAUGAUGAUGAUGAUAGCGAUGAAGAUAGUAUAUUCGGUAGAAUAAAACGAAUGUUUUCAGGCGAUCGCUGUUUCUACAUUGGAUUGGGGGCGAAACCGGCCGUCCCAAAAAUGACUUACGAACCCUACCAGUGCUGUCCCACUAAAGUUCAGAGUCCGACCAAAGUAGCGAAGGCCACGCCGACCAAGGUGCCGAAGAAACUCGACAAGCAGCCGCCACAGAAACCCGACAAGCCGCCCAAGGGCAAAAACAAGGCCCUCGCCAAGCCAGACAAACCGACCAAAGGGAAAAAAGGUUUAAUCGAGUCUGACAAUAAUAUUUGGUGGUGGUAAAUUAUGUUAAUGUUAGAAGUAUCUUGCUCUGAUAUCCUCGGAUAUGAGCGCAAGUAGCGGGUGCAAGGCAUCAAGUGGACACGAAUGUUAUCGUUACUGGCCCUCAGAUUCUGAUCCACCUCGCUAAUAGAUUGUCUAACGUUGCAUCUCUGUCAUGGCUAUUAACAUUGCUAGCUUUUGAAUAACCUCGUGUCCCUUGAUCCCUGCUAGCACCUAACAGGGUUGAAUGUCGUAACACGUUGCACAAGGGAGUAUCCCCACCGUCCGUAGCUGUCUGCCUGCCGUGUGGAUACUGCCCACUCUUUACUACAUCCUACCAAAUGUGCUUUACUGUCAAUUCGAGAUCAUGUGCGGACUAAAUAUUGGGAUGUCUAGAGACAUUGUAAGCAGGUGUACAAAUCGUUAUAUUUCAUUGUAAAUUGAUUCCAAUAUUUAGAAAUUAAAUGUUAAUCGAGACGUAACAAUAACUACGCAAGGCAUUUCUCAUUGUAUUUUGCCGUGACAUCUUGAAAGACUUAUAAUGUUGUAAGGAUUUCAUGUUCAUAUAGUUUUCUAGUCUUCAUGGAAUCUCAUUAUUUUGUAAUGCUACAUUUGAUAAAAAUAUUACUUUUAUUACUUAUAGACAUAAAAACUAUAGUUCUUAAUUUUGUAUCAACAUUAAACUAAUGAAUUACUUGAUUAUUAAUUUUCAUAAGCGCAGUGCCGGAUAUCAGUGCAAUAAUUAUACUCAUUUAUCAUUUUGUUCAGUAACCGAUAGGGAUCGGACCGCAUUGGACGUUUCUGUCACGAUCGAUCACUGCCUUGCAUAGGUUGGUAGGCUAUCUGUUAACCAUUGCUUUCGUUGAAGAUAAAUGUUGUGGCUAGAGUCGUCUAAAGCCUUCCGGUCGAACAGUGCUGGCGUUGUAUGACAAUAUGUCGAUAUGUAAGUUGUAUAGUUUGGCAGAAAAUUCGCAUGAAUGUUUAAUUUAUUUAUUUGUUACGUUGAAUUGUUGAGUCGGCGCUGAAACUACUUUUUUGUUAAAUAAAUACAUUUUUUCUAAUAAACCAAAA